AUGGCAGGACCACAACCUUUCAAGCAGCCUAUUGACACCCCCCAGAACUACCAUCACAGCCAAACAUGCGAGACCAUGGGGAGUCGCAAUGCACAUUGUCAUUCAGAGCUCUCAAUUGUCAUGUCCGGUCUAUGCUAUCCACGGGAGGCUUUUCCCACUACCAUCACCUCUGCCCAACGCCAAUUCUUUGGACAUCCACCACUAUGGGGUGAAAUCCUUAAAACCCAUUUGCUGACAUUCUGUCACGAGGGUCAUGGUUGCAGCAUCAAGCCACCAGCAGUCUUGGCCCCCAGCCGCCCUGUCCCGGCCCCACGCCGCGCAAAAGCGGCCGGAAGUCCCACCUCCGCACUCUCCAAUCUCCGGGAUAAAUACAGCGGCUCGUCCUCUCAACUCCUGGUUCUUAAUAUCUCCCGCUCACCUGCUCACCACUCAAAACCAUGUGGAAUAUUUUUCCCUGAAGAUCGCGUCUACACCUCAAUAUCCAGCCAAUGUGUGCUACUCGUGCCCAGAAUCGUUCUACCCCAAUCACCACCACAACUGCCGGCAAACCAUCACCUCAUGUGCUCGACGCCCGCCAAUGAGACGACUACGGCAUUCUUGGCUCCUAUGAAGCCGUCGGUGGCAGGACCCCGAUGA